AGUUGCGUUUGGGUCCCCUUCCAUGGUGUUGGAGUUUUGUUGUUUUGCUCUUUGCAAUAAAUUUUGCUGUUGCUCACCUUUUAGGUCCACACUACCUUUAUGAGCUGUAACACAGUGAAGAUCUGCAGGUUCACUCCUGUAAACCAGCGAAACCAGGAAGCCACCACAAGAAACAACUCUGGAGCCGCCACCUUUAAGAGCCAUAACACUCACUGUGAAGGUCUGCGGCUUCAUUCCUGAAGUCAGCGACACCACGAACCCACAGGGAGGAGCAAACAGCUCCGGACGCACCACUUUUAAGAGGACGCGCCACUUUUAAGAGCUGUAACGCUCCCUGCGAAGGUCUGUGGCUUCACUCCUGAGGUCGGCGAAACUACGAACCCGCUGGGAGGAAGGAACAACGCGGAUGCGCCACCUUUAAGAGCUGUACCACUCCCUGCGAAGGUCUGGGGCCUCACUCAUGAAGUCGUGCAUAGACCAUGAACUCUCUAGAAGGAAGAAACUUCGGACACAUCUGAACAUCUGAAGGAACAAACUCCGGACCCGCCGUCUUUAAGAACUAUAAUGCCGUGAAGGUCCGCGGCAGGACCGGGACCAGGAACCCAUCAGAGGGAACCAAUUCCGGACACACAGCUUCGUGGAAUGGUUCUGCACUGUGUGUGUGUGUUUCCCGUCAACCCUGUGCACAAUAUUAGAAGAACACAAGCGUUAAGGCUCCCUCUCAGACCUGCCGGUGGAAGAAGAGGAAGAGCCUUGGGGGCUACCAUUCUGGCUGGAGAAGCGGCACGAGGCUCCCUCUUGUGGAUUCAGCAAGGUACAAGAGAACUCUGCAUUUGUCUUCUGCCCACAACUUCGUUGAAGAAGUGGAGAGGCCAAGCAACUCCAAGGCUGUUUGGAAGGAGAGCUGGGCUCUGCCUCCUGGGAGAGUUGGAGGACAUUUCUUCUCUGCGGAGUGUGAAGGGAGGACUGCCCUAUUCCUUGUCUGCUAGUGCUUGCCCCUGGGAGCCAGUGCAUCUUAUCCCUUUUAAUUCUCACUGGCUCCCAGGGGCACGUAUUACCAUCCCAUUUUACGGAUGCAGAAACUGAGGCACUGAGAAUAAUGAUUUGAGACCAUACAAUCUUCCAAGUGGCAAAGCCUGGGCUUGAACCAGGUCUCCUGACCUACAGCUUGGCAGAGAGAGGGACAACCACCAUGUCCCCUUGCCUGUGGCUGCAUCCAGUGCCGAUUUAACUCAGCACUUGCAGGAAGCCCCUUUCUCACCCUGGCCCCAGGCUUGUUCCUGGGGAAGAUUUAGUGAUUGGGUCUUACUGAAGGGGCUCUUGAGUGCUGAGAGCUCCACGAGAGGAAGAAGAUGCCUGGGUGCUGAGUAAGGAAACUGACAUGGAACACCUGCCUUCCACCAGGCAGGGCUGCUGGGAACACCGUGGGCAUUUUCUCACUUCAUUUUCACAAUGACCCUACGAGCAAACCAUGGGCUGCCGCAGAAGACGUGAAAAGGGAAAGGAGCGAGGUUGCUGCUCUUCUCGUGGGACCAGCUCCGGGUGCUGUCAAAACAAGCCUGAGAUAAGGGCGGGCGAGGGGUGGCAGGCUCAGAGAUUAGCGCUGCUACUGCCCAACCUGCUCAGAAAGUUUCAUUCUUUUAGCAAAGUUCCUGGCAGCUGUGACCACUUAAACGGCUUUUGCUUCCAUUAAACAGGAGACUCAUUAAGUCAUGGAGCUUAAAACAGCUCUAAAGGGCCCAGUAGUCAUUCCUCAGUGAAAAGUGCCAAUUCAUUGCUUGGUAGAUUAAAAAAAAACCUGGAGGUUCGCAGUCAGAGGUGAGUUUCUGUAGCAUUGGGGUUGACGGUUGACCUCAAGGUGACCUUGUGCUAAAAAACGGUCUUGUGUGAGUCAAAGAGGCCUGCAGUGGUGGUGCAGUGAGAAGAGGGAAGGUUCAGACACAGAGAGGAAUCGGAUUGUCAGUUUCCCCAGGUUCUCAGCAGCUGCCCUGUCUGUUCAGACCUGAAAGGUCCAGACAGAUGUCUUAUCGACGUUAGGGUUUAUCAAUACGUUUAUCAAUGGGAUGUAUGUUGCAGGCCGAGACAGUUUGUGUUUUCCCAGUCCAAGUUUACUUCCUCGUGGAUCAGCCACAGCCAUCAGGGGCAGGACAAGUCGCGCCUUGAAACUAGGGAUGGUGUCCCUUUCUUCUUUGAGCAGUGCCUGUAGACAAUUUACAGAAAGGAGGGGAACAAAUGAUAACCCCAGGGGCUGACCUACAUUGCCCUCUUUCAUAGGGGAGCCCACCCCUCACUCAGCAAUGGUCCAAAGUGGCUAAACCAGCCAGUAGGCGGGAACAUCGUGACUGCUCACGAGGGCAAAGUGGGCCAGGUGCAGUGGCUCACACCUGUAAGUCUAGCACUUUGGGAGGCUGAGGUGGGCAGAUUGCCUGAGCUAAGGGAGUUUAAGACCAGCCAGCCUGGGCACAUGGUGAAACCCCAUCUCUACUAAAAUACAAAAAAUUAGCUGGGCAUGGUGGUGCGUGCUUGUAGUCCCAGCUACUCGGGAGGCUGAGGCAUGAGAAUUGCUUGAACCUGGAAGCGGAGGUUGCAGUCAGCCUGGGUGACAGAGCGAGAUUCUGUCUCC